AUGCCUAUACAUUGUUAUGUUCCCUCAUUAAUUUUAUGCUUUAACUAACAGAAACUGAGAACAGAGCGGCCAGUUGUUAAUCCAGAGACUAGCUAUAUUAAAUUGUUGAUGCCGUGCUUGAAAGACGGGAUGACAACUUCAACCAUGUAGCCAACAUUUUGUCUGUAAAAGGGUGAAACACUUAUUCAGAGAAUCAAUUUAAUUUGUGGUGCUAACUGAGAUAUCUGAAAUCAUGAUGUAAUGCGGUUCCAUCUCCAGUUCAUAUGUUUUUUUCUACUUCUGGGUUUGUCUCUUCAAAUAAGGAAAGCGACAUUCUUCCUCGGUAACUAUAAUUAAUCUCUCUCCAACUACUAUGAGAUACUCCGAUAUCUUUGUGUGUGUCCUAUUUGUUGUGGUCUAUAUGGAAAUGUCUAAUCCCGUUUACCAAGACUUUGGAGGAGUUAGCGCGGUUUUUAGUGUCCAUCGGGGUGCGGUUUGGAUGCGCGGUUUUUAGUAUCCGCGCUCGUGCGCGGAUAACACUCUCAACAAUCACGCGGUGGCGGCUUCCAUCCUCCAAGCCUCACUACCACUCCCACAACUAUAAAUUAGAACUACCGCAUCCUUUGCACUAGGCAUAGCUCGACUCGACUUUUCUCUUUGUCGGAUCAGGUGCGAGAUUCUUCUCCUCCUCCUUUCUUUUCAGUGUCAUACAGCUGUUUUACAUUCUUGAAUUGGUUUUUAUGUUCUGCUCCUAUCUCUUUAAUAUUGGUUUAUGCUCAUGGAUGAGAUACUCUGUUUCGUCUUCUGUUGUCCGUUUACUGAUUCUCCUUUACCCGAUAAAAUGAUAUAAGUGGGAAAUUCUGGUUUGAUAUGUCAGGAAUUUUCUGAAUUUGUUUCAAUUCUUUUGUAUUCAAAGGGUAAUCUCUGUAGGUAGAGUAAGCUUAUGGUUUGUGGAUUUGAGUAUGGUACUUUUUACAUGCAAUUUAAGAUCCAAUGCUACUUGAUUGCAGCAAAUUGAGUUCUUUCCGCUGCUGUUUUAUCGAAGAGCUGAAAUCAUGGAGGUGGGGAUAGAGAGGAAGGUGCUUCUGGUAGUUUGAUCUCUUCCCCUAUCAUGGCUUGAAUCCUGUUUUUCAUGCAAACAACACAUUUCCUGUUUCUCAUGGUCAUAUUUGGUUGAGCAAGAUUCAAGCACACCUUUUUUUUUUC